CCCCUGUGCCCGCAGAUGGCGGCGGCGGGCUUCGUGCACUGCCCCAGCGAGAACAGCCCCGACGUGGCGCAGUGCUUCUUCUGCCUCAAGGAGCUGGAGGGCUGGGAGCCCGAGGACGACCCCCUGGAGGAACACAAAAAGCACUCUGCGGACUGUGGUUUUCUUUCUCUUCGGAAAGAGCCUGCUAACCUGACGGUGCAGGAGUUCCUGAAGCUGGACAAACUGCGAAUGAGAAAGGCACUUAAAAAAGAGGUUUCUCAGAAGAUGACCAAGGUUGAAGAUAAAGCCAAGAUCCAGCGGUGUAGUAUAAAGAAUCUGGCCUAGACUGCUGCAGCUUCAGA